CUCCGCGAAUUCGAAUACAGGUGGAAUGACUUUCGUUGUACCCAAUCCGUCACUAUCCUUGCUUGAUCUAAACCUAAAGUUCCCCUAAGCAUCAUUCCGUCGCUCAUUCGCUCUCUCAAGCGCGCGACACCGCCGCCCCACCCCCAGCUCCCUCUCUCUUCCUCCCAAGCCCCGAACUCCCAAUUCUCUCGCUCACGGCCCAACUGUCUUCGGCCUCUCUCUCAGAUCUGGAACUCCUUUCACUGUAGUCGGCGCCUUUUAGGGGAUAUUUUCGGUUGUCCCCUUUUCAAUCAAAAGUUUUAGAUUGCUCGCUCUCAGCAUUUGUCUAUUUCUCACUGUGCGGAAAUGAGAGAACUCAGAGAGCUCAAAGAAAAUACAAAAAUCUUGCUGUUCUACUGUUGCCGAGAUUCUUGCUGUUUCUCUUUUGUGGGCUUGUUUUGGUUGUCUUGUUUGCUCAGUUACUGAUGUUUUCUCUUUCCAGAAACUAGUGGCUGCCUAAAAUUCUGCCAUUCAUCGUAAGGGAGCAGAUUGAACCUGAUUCCUACGUCAUUGACAGUAACGUUGACAUAAGAUGGAUGAUGGUGGACAACAUCAUAGUGGGAGGUACAAGAUUGACUAUUACAAAUCAGCAAAUUCUCCAUGGAGUUUGAUGCCACCACCUCAUUUAAAGGAACAAAAUAAUGCCCUAGUGAUGAAUAAGAAGAUCAUGGCCAUCCUUGCUGAGAGGGAUACUGCUAUUCAAGAACGGAAUAUGGCACUGGCUGAAAAAAAGGAAGCAUUGGCUGCACGAGAUGAGGCACUCCACGAGCGGGAAAAAGCCCUUGCUGAGCGGGACAAAGCCUUGAUGGAAAGAGACAAUGCACUGGCAGCAAUUCAAUACCGAGAAAAUGGUGUGAACUUUCCAGUGGGCAACGGAAAUCAACGAGGAUCAAAGCGCAUUCCUCACCCUGUGUACAAUUCAAAUGCUGUGGCAGAAGCUCUUAACAGUGGAGAAAUGCACAUCACUGAUGCCUUCCCUAUAACAACUGUUUCAGCUGAAUCUCUUAAACCACGUCAGACAAAGCGAACAAAAGAGAGUAAACCUGCAUCAUCAAAGGCAACUAAGUCACCAAGGAAGGGCAUUAAAGUAGGUGAAGAUCUGAAUAGACAAGGCGCAUCUGAUGGGAAGAAGAUUAAGGCUGAAUGGGAUAGUCAAGAUGCGGGCUUGAACCUGGUCAGUUUCGAUGAGACCACCAUGCCAGUGCCUGUUUGCUCAUGCACCGGCGUUCCACAUCAGUGCUAUAAAUGGGGGAAUGGUGGGUGGCAGUCAUCAUGUUGCACUACCACCUUGUCAUCAUACCCAUUACCACAGAUGCCAAAUAAGCGCCAUGCCCGAGUUGGUGGACGGAAGAUGAGUGGUAGUGUCUUCACAAAAUUGCUUAGUCGGUUGGCAGCAGAAGGCCAUGAUCUAUCAGUCCCUCUAGACCUCAAGGACUACUGGGCUAGACAUGGGACAAAUCGCUAUAUCACCAUCAAGUAGAUGUUUCUUUUUUGGAGCCGUCCCAUGGUCUUAAAUUUAUCUCAUGUUGUAUCAAGUAUUUGCUCAACUGUUUUGUGGUAAAAAAAUGUGGAGCUUCUUGAUAGAAAUCGGAUUAGUGUGGUACUGUAUUUUUAAUUUCAGAUAUCUAUCUCCUGAAGAUCACAUGAUGAUUUAAUCUA